AUGGACCGAAAGAUUUCCUUGAACGGUGUGCACCACGAGUGGGAGGGGUGUGAGCAAGUUCGAGCUCACUUUCGUUUGCGGCGCCGCCUGUUCCAGAACACGGAACCAGGGAACUUUGACCCCAAGUGCGUGGUAAUUACACCUGCUCUGAACAAGCAUGUGCUGAAACCACUUCUUAAGCGAAUGGGCCAUGGCCGUCAGCUUUACAGCAUCAAGAUGGUUGAGACAGAGCGGCUUGCUGUUCAUUCUGAUUCGAUCAAGGCCCUCCACAAGCUCAUCUUCCCCAACCAGGAGAUUGUGAAAGAGGAUGUGAAGAAAGACGCCUGGAUGGCGAGAUCAUUCGCAGUUCUCGUGAAGAGGAAGGACGACUCUGUCGACCUUGAGGAUGACGACGAAGAGGAUGACGAUGACUUGGGAGAUGAUCCCUCCGGAGCUCUCAGGGAAGCUGCGGACCUCUCGGGUGAGCAGCUUGAUGAGCUGGACCGGGAUCUUGGUUUGGCAUCUGGCUCGGAGUCUCCAUCUGCAGCGGCCAUGGUCAAAGCUGUGGAGCCGGAGCCCGAGGAUGAUCCCUUGGCGGACAUGUUGGCCGAGUUUCCUUCACCGACAGAUGAGGCAGCUGCAGCCGUGGCGGAGUCUGUGGAGCCUGAGAGUGAUCCCUUGGCGGAGAUGUUGGCCGAGUUUCCGUCUCCAACAGAUGAGGCAGCCGCAGCUCGCAGCGCUAAGUCAGCGGAGGUCGUCGAAGUGUUUGAGUCCCCCAUGAAGGUCGAGCCAGUGUCACCGGAGAGGCCCAAGAAGCUUCGCAAGAUGCACGUGUUUGGGGAUGAGGGGGACCUGAAGAAGGCUUCGGACGAGCUUGCAAGAUUGAAGGCCCUGCAGAGCCAGAGGCAGGAUGCCGCAACAGCUCUGGCCGCAACAGGUGGUGAUGAUGGCAAGAGUUUGUGCAACAUAUUGGGGCUCUCAGAGGGAUCCAGCUCUUCAUCUGGAGGACAGGCUUGCCUGGACAAUGUCGAGACUCAGAUGACAGAUGAGCAAAUGAUGGACGGCAUUGCUGAGAAGCAUCGUGCUUCGACUGGGUCAUUGGACUUGGCCUCCAGCCCUGAGCCGGAGCAAAAGCUUCUGGACAACGACGCUGACAAGAAGCCAUCCAACUUGCCUGUGGUCGUUACUCGCCGUGACCAGAUGUCUUUGAAGGCCAGUGUGAAGCAACGCAAGGAGGAGAAGGCCGCCAAGAUUCAGGCAGACAAGUUGAAGAACAAAGGUGGCAGCAAGGCCAAUUCUGAGGAUAAGGCUACGCCUGAGGGAAAGUCAUCGAACGAGUCCGAGGCCGAGGGUAAGCCUACGCCUGAGGGUGAGUCAUCGAAGGAGUCCGAGCUCGCGGGGAAGAGUGCCAGCAAGGCCAAGGCUAAGCCUGUGAUCUGGGGUUCGCCAGAGCACAAGAAGCGCCGCAAGAUCAACCAGAAGGCUACGGAUGAGGAGGCGGGGACAGAUGCUGUUGACAAUGCCAGCGAGGCAAAUGCGACGGUACGCUACGACACCCCCGUGACAAAGCCGAAGCCCAAGAAGGCCAAGGUGAUGAAGCGGCCGAGCGCCAAGGCCAAGAUCCCCAAGAAGGCGGAUCCCAAGGAUCCCGAGGACGACGAGCCUCCAGAGGAUGCGCACGAUGUGAUCCAUGAGCCCAACCCCGUGAUGCUCAAGAAGACGUUCGCUCGCCGCUUUUGUCCAGCUGGAGUUUGGAGCCAGCUUAAGUGGAUCACAAUCCGGAAGGCUUUCGGCUACAAGCUUUACCGCAAGCUAGACAACCCAAGCAAGUACGAGGACAAGUUUUUCGAUGCUUGCACCGUGUAUUUGGACACGACGUCCUUGCCUGUCUGUGCCGAGACAAUCGAGGAGCGGAUCCGUGAGGCUGCCAGCCAAUUUCUCUUGGAGCAUGGCGCCCCAUGA